AGCAGGCAGGAGGAAGGGGUGUCCUCAGAGAUGAGGGUUUUGUGAGCGCCUUAGGCUGGAGCUAGGCUGUGGUGCUUGAGAGGUUUGGAGGUAUCAGGAGGUCCUUUACCAUGUGUGAGGAGAUGAAGGCCACUGUGCAGGAAUGUGUGCAGACCCCUAGGCACAGCAAGGAAGCCCUGAACAGGCUCAACCAGGCUAUCCAGCAGCUGAGGAUGGAGCCUUGUGAGCUACAGAAAAGCAGAGACUUGGAGACCACGCAGGAUGUGGCCUCAGGCAGUGCAAAGGGAAAACUGGCCUGGCUGGAGGCUGCCCUGCAACGUGCCAAACAGGACAUGGCCCGGCAGCUACGUGAGUACCAGGAGCUCAUGAUCGUCAAACUGGGCCUGGACUUUGAGAUCGCCACCUACCGCAGGCUGCUGGAGGGUGAGGAGCGGAGGCUUGGUCUGGGAGUAGGGGCAGGGAACAUGGCUGCCGGCAAUGACGUCACUGGAGGUCCCGACCUGACCUCCCCUGUAAGGGCACCCGGAGUCAGUUCCUGUGGCCUGGACAUGAGCGCCCCUGGUGGUGGUUGUGCUCUCUGCAGCUCCGCGGGUUGUGUUGGAGGCUUUGGCUGCCUUGGCUCCAGCUCCCGUGAAUGUUGAACCCCUCCCACCGGAGAAGACUAGAAACUAGGGCUUCUGUCCAAAGACUUGGCCCUCUUGAUUCAGAUUCCCUUGCCCACAGAGCUGGCCCUCUUCUCCCUCCCCCCUUUUGCACCUUACCUGGAACUAGAUGGGAUUCUGUGUCAUCCUGUAGACACGACCAGUGGCUUACCUGAACCUUGCGUCCUGUUCCUCUGACUGGCUCUGUUCUCGUUUAUUAUUUUUUUUCCAGGCUUGCCCUUUAAUAAAACAUUCUGUGGUGGCUAA